AUGGUAUCUGCAUUGACGGACUCCAUUGAGGCCGAGUCGGAGGCGAAGGACGUGCUGGUUGAAUGCCCUUCCACUCACUCGGACCAUGACGACCGCGCUGCGCGUUGCGUGGAGAGAACAGCGCGACGUUGUCGGGUGCGGUCGUGGUAUGCGCACAUGGUACUGAUCCACCUGUCCGAGUUUGGGGCGGAGGCAGCGCGCGGUCUCGUCUUGCCCACGCUGUUCACGUACGUCCAGGAACUCGGGGGCGGACUAGAGGACGUCGGUCUGCUCACUGCACUCUUUAGUGUCGGAAGGUUCUUCUCGUCGCUGUUGUUUGGUUGGCUCUGUGAUCGCACGUCGUUUCGAGUGCUUUACAACGUCGCGGGCGCGAGCGCUGUGCUGGGCAACUUGAUGUAUGUGCUGCCAUACAGUCCAUCUGUGCGCAGCAGGACGUUGCUCGCGGUCAGUCGACUGGUGAUUGGGUUUGGCGCUGGCAAUCGAAGUGUCUGUCGGGCGAACAUUGCAAUGCUCACGCGCGUAGACCAGAGGCUGGAGUUCUUUACGCUGUUUGCCACGGUCGUCUUCCUCGCGUAUGCGCUGACUCCCGGACUCGGGAGCGUCAUGGGCAACACGGAGAUUGAGAUCGCUACUGACUUGCUGCAGUUCAACCGGAUCACUGCUCCAGGGUUUCUGCUUGUGGCGCUCAACCUGUUUACGAUACUCGUCAACAACCUCAUUUUCGACGACUCGAUCUCGCGCGACGACGCUCCAGGAUCGCCAACGUCCGUCGUGUGUGCACCGUCAGACGGCACGCAAUCGACCGCAAAGGGGCUGACAAUUAUUGUCGACAAGCCGGAGAAGUCCACCGAGAUGAAAGCCACACAAGACGUGACGUCGAUGUUAUCGGAACGAGCGGUGACCGUGGGCAUGCUGGUGUUUAUCUUCUUGAACUUCAUCACGCGCGGGAUCCUGUCGAUUUUCGAGACUGUGAACGUGCCGCUGUUUCUACAAAUGACGAAUCGAAACACUCUCCAGGAACAAAACUCAGUCGAAGCGACACGGGCCGCGUCUACUUUCUAUCUCGUCAUUGGACUCUUGGGCCUCAUCUCGUACGGCUCGGUGCACGUCUUGCGAAGAAAAGUCGCGGAUACGGCCUUCCUGCUCUUUGGCUUUGCCAUGCUGCUCGUGGGCAACGCCAUUUUGCUCACCGUGUGCGCCGACAUGCACGUGAACAACGAGCAAAGCGGUGACGUCGACAAAGACCACUCUGCGCAGCAAUUCGACAUCUUUGUGACUGCCGAGUCGUUUGUUUGGAGCGUUGGCUGUCCACUUACAUCGGCCGUGGUCGUGUCAGCGUUUUCCAAAGUCCUGGGCUCACGACCCCAAGGUUUGCUCAUGGGGGUAUUUGGUGCGUCCGCGUCGGUGGCUCGCAUGGUCUUGCCGUUUCUGCCGAGUCUGCUGGCAUCGUGGCCUCUGCUCUUUCUCGUCAACAUGGUGCUCUGUGCGACCUGCAUUCUUGUGCUGUCGUUGUACCUCGGCUUUAUCUCGAGCCAGGGUCGCAAGACGGACGGUAGAUGUGCGGUCACGUACCACAGCGUGCAGCUUCACUCUGACGGCCGGGAAGCUGCUUGA